UUUUUACGGAUCUGUAAUCUAAUGUUUGACAUCUUAUUUUCAGACUUUUGUUUUGUUUUUGUUUUGUGAACCGUAGCCGUCUGGUGCAAUUGAUGAAGUUGUUUGUGUUAAAUUAGCCCGCGCGCCGCCUCUGACAGAAUUUUAAAUUGAACGUACCCAGAAUGCGCCUCGGUUUGUCGACGUACGGCGUGCGGAGUUAUUGAGCUCUCAUAACACCGAGAGUGCUUGGUUGGAGGUCACUUAUUACGUGUUUAUUCGUUUGAAAGUGGACACUGCGGUGAGGUGACGGGGGGACUGAAAUGGUGUUUUUGACGCUGUCUUGUUGGAUCAGAAGCCGAGGACCCGACAGAUACUGGAAGGUCCAGGAGGUCCUCAAGCAUGCACGGCACUUCAGAGGCAGGAAGAACCGCUGCUACAGCCUGGCCGUGCUGGCUGUCAGGAGGGCGUUCGUGUACGCCACCAAAGCUCGGAAACUUAAGAAGCGCAACAUGAGGACGCUCUGGAUCUCACGGAUUGCUGCAGCAACACGAGAGCACGGCAUGAAAUAUCCCGCCCUCAUGCACAAUCUGACUAAGAGCAGCGUCCAGCUCAACCGUCGCGUCAUCAGUGAUCUGGCCGUUACAGAGCCUCGGUCGUUCCUCUCACUUGCAAAACUGGCAAGGGCUCGGCAACAAGAAGGCUUCAGGGCAGCACUGGGUGAUGGCAAAGAGCCUUCUGGUGUGCUCUCCCGUGUAGUUAUGCUGCAGUAAAGGACUUGCCACAGUUAUGGAUAAAUGAUUGUUUUUUUGGGGGGGCGGGGGGGUUAAAGAACAGCGUUUAUUUAAAAAAAAAAAAAAAAAAAAAUUGAACUGACACAGACACCUCAUUUUAGGAUUUCAUCAAAAUGUGUUUCUUGUAUGAUUCGUUUAAAGAAUUGCAUUUGUGUGUGGUGAUUCAUGAUCGCUCGAUCAGAGAUCCGGCUUGAAUUCGAGCUGUAACACAGGUUGUCUGUUUGGGGAAAAACAGGAAUUUUACAGGCCGAUCAAAAAGUAAUCGGUUUUGUGACACUUCUGCUGGUCCUGUGCUUCUUGUUGGCUUUAUAUUUGAACAAGUCAAUAAGGAGUCUCAUGUUAACGAGCUUUCCACUGGUCUCUCGUAGAAAUGAUUUUUGGAGAGAUUUUUAAAAUAGUACCAACAGUGUAUCAUUCCUGAAGUAAACUUGCCUACAGCAGCACAGAUCAUUAUGUGUGCAGUAUUUUGACUCCUGAACUUCGAGAUCAGUAUCUCUGAUUGUGUUCUUCAUACGAACUUCAUGUAUAAAACCCGUAAAUCCAACUUUCACUGGUAUUUAUCAAUGGCUGCACAGAAUCCCUGGCAGGAGGUAAACUUAAACUUCCUAAAACAGGAAUGUGUUGCCAACAUGUGGUGUCACCUCCUGAUUACCUCCAGUGUCUUCACACAUGGUCUUGUUAUCAUUUCCAUAAACCUGUUUAUCAUAUGCAACCUUGAGUUAUGACUGAAAGUUUUUCUUUUUGUUUGUUUUUUAAGGUUGGCCUUUUUUUGUUUCUGUGUAAAUAUGUGUUUUACCACCUUUUGUGGGUCGGUUGUCCUCUAAAUGUUUAGCUCAUUAAACAUUUUUGAUAUAUA